AUGAAUUGGUUCAAGCAGCAAUUAGCCCACGUCGCCGGGACGCAGGAGCCUGAAUACGGCCCAGAUGCGAUCCAGCCGGUAACGAAACAGACACCGCAGUACACAGAGUUGACAUCAAAUGAUCUGAAAUGGGUCAACAUGGGUGGCACCAACGUCGAGACGGCCGUCUUCUACUUCAUGACUGACGAGGGCGUCACCGGUCUGGCGCAAAUCAUAUACAGCAGUGUCGCUGGUGUACACACCACAGCGCAUUUCAACAGCAAGAUCUUUGAUCACGAUGGACCAGGAAAGCAUUUCCUGUGCUCGGACUCGCUCAACAACUACGGUUUCGACGAUGCGCAAACGGGUUUCGUAUCGGACGAGGUUGCAGUGCAAUUGAACGCCGAAGGAGACACGUUUACGAUCAAGUCUGCUGCCAACGAUGGAUGUCUAGUGAAUUUGACGGUCAAACGAGCAGCCCCAGGCUUCCAUGUCGGCAAGAACGGUACAACUUACUACGGUACUGACCCAGCAAAACCGUGGGGAAGCAUGUUCCACAGGUUCUGGCCUCGCUGCACAGCAACCGGCACAAUGAAGACCGAGAAGAAGACGUACGACUUCAAGGGCCAAGCGAUGUACAUAAAAGCCAUCCAAGGCAUGAAGCCGCAUCACGCCGCGGCCAAAUGGAACUUCAUCUGGUUCAACACUCCGACCUAUUCAGCAUCAGUGAUGGAAUUCACGACUCCAGCAUCAUAUGACCGAACGACCGUCAGCGUAGGCAGCAUUUCGAAAAAUGGAGAGCUGAUAUAUGCCGGACCUACGACUGUGAAGCAUACCAAGUCUGAGACGGACGCUGAGAUAUCAUGGCCCGAGCCAAAAGCUAUCGAAGUACAUUGGAAAGGCAAUGGAGCAUCUGGCAAGCCUGUAGAUGCGUCGUUGAUAAGCGACCUCCCACCCAAGGUGGAUCGUGUGGAUGUACUGCACCAUAUUCCAGGCUUUGUGAAGACGAUUGUUGGCGGGGUUGUUGGCACCAAGCCCUAUAUCUACCAGUACAUCUCCAAGGACGCAAUGACCCUCGACGUUGACGACAAGUCCGAAAAUGGCCAACUCUUCAUGGAAGCGACGUUCAUUUCCGAUUAG